AUGAAGCGCUUCAAGACCGUGUUCAGGAAAUCGGACACGUCCGAAACAUCGUCUCAUCGUAUCUGGCGCCGCAGUGCAGCGAAACCCCAGCCAGAGACCACGACUACGGAGACAGGCCAGGACCCGAUCGAAGGCGGAUCAUCCAGUGCUCAAAUCAUUUCCGAGGUCUCGUCGGAAGUGGCUCCUGUUGGUGACGUCGUUGUCGAAGAAACUCCCCAAGCCGACCCCAGCCCUCAAGCUGACGUUGUCGAUGAAUCAUCUCGGUCGAGACCCGGCAGUCAACGCUUGAAAAAGUUGGUCACUCGCUUCCGACUGAGUGGUUCUCAGGAGGACGAUCCUAUCACGCAGGUAUCUGGGCCAUCUCAGCCCGAGGCCAGUGAUGCAGGUGCUGCCAGGGAGCAAGCAGCGGGGGGUCCUUUGUCCUCUAAUCCUCCCGAACAACUCCCCGGUUACGAGAACAUCGUCGCUCGAACAAGCUCCCAAAUUGCCCGAGAUGCGCGCAACGUUGGUGGUCGACACAGUCACUCCCGGGGAUCUAGCCAAACUGAAGAUAUCAGUGAUCAGCCACCACAUAUCCCAGAAACACGCCUUGGGACGUCGCCUCUCGAUGAAGAUAUCGAGGAUUGGAUGUGGCCAGGGUUGAUGUAUAUCCCCGAAGAAGGCACGCAGAUUCGGGAUUUCUCAGAUCCAUUCUCAGACGGCAAAAGCACUGAGUAUCGGCAGUCCAACCCUGACAAACGACCUGCUGUAGCAGGGCCAUCUAGUGUAGCAGGACCAUCCAGACGUGCUCCCUAUCAAAGCCAAGACGAAAUGAGAGCCUCCGAAGGACCACUGGAGCCAAUUUCUGAGGCCGAAGCCGAUACAAUUGAUCAAAUUCAGAGGAUCGAUCACGCCGUUGCGGUCGAACCGCCUCAGCGCGCACCUUCGCAGAUCAUCCCAGGAAGACCCCGAGCGAGGGCUGUCUCAGCUGGUAGCGCUUCCAGUCAUAAUAGCACCCGCAAUUUGACUCCACAGAGUGCGAUUCUGAACUUCAAUCGCAUGGCAGCUCGACAUGGAAUUAGAGUGGGCAUAGCGUCCGAUGAAGCGCCUACCCCGCCACAGACACCGGUACCUGAUCAAGCAGAGCCAACUCGACGUGGGUUGUUUAGUCGACUCCGCAACGUACGAUCAAACUUGGAGACGGCCCAGGAACGGACGCCGAUUCUGCGACGCAUGAGAACCUUUGGGAAUCUUAGCCCUGCGCCGUUCACUUCACUUCGAGGACGAACGCUCGAAGAGUUGUCUCGGCUUGGUGGACACAGCUACAUCGUUUCCAAUGAGCUGGGCCCUUCUCCUCUGCAGCUGCCCGCAUCCAUAGUGUCGGCGAUCCUGUUCCUCUACACAUAUGGUCUCAACCACGGCCAGAUCUUCAGUCAAUCUGGCGACUUGAAAAUUGCGGCUCGCGUGUAUGAUAGCUGGGCGAAGGAUGUUUUUGAUGCCGAGAACAUCCAGAGUGAAAUUGAAUUGACGACCCGCGUCAUCGCGCUGCCGCCGCUUGGUAACGCAUCGACGAGUGUGCUGAGCGUGGGAUGGGCCCUGAAAGCGCUGUUGGCGGGGCUGCCGCGCGGGAUUCUCGGGAGUAACCGACUUUACCAGACUCUGUACAAUCUCUUUGCCAUUACGAUCCCGGAGAACACGGGCUUCAAGAUCCCCAGUCAUUUCCGCAGCGUGAAGUCCUCCGUCGCCGUUCGUGUCCAGCUCAUCUCCCUCGCCCUGAUUGGGCUAGCUUCGGAGAUGCAGCGCGACCUGAUCUGUGCGACGUUUGGUCUGCUUACUUUCCUGCUGCGCCCCGAAUCCACCCUUGGCCGACACGGUUCUCAGCGAUCGCAAGGCCCUCGACCACUCCCCGGGGCCGACGUCCGGGCCCUCGUCGCGCCACCCGAGUACUUGGAUUUGGUACGUGUCUUCGCUCCACUCCUUCUCGGGCAAGAGAACCGAGUACAAGUGCUAGAGGGGGUCGAGCAGGUGGAACAGGAGCUGGACGAGAGUCGUGUGUGCACUCUGUUGUUGGAUCACUGGCCUAAUGUGCAUCGUCAGCUGCAAUAUUGGUUGCGAGACGCCUUUAUCCCAUGA